UCAGGUUCUUUUGGUAAUUUUAAAAAAGUUAUAUGCGAAGAAAAUUAAAAUAGCGGUCUUACAGACCUGUGUUAUUUUAAAGGUUAAAAAAAUUAAGACCAUAUAAUUAUAAACUUGUUUUUAAUAUUACAAUAUUUUGAUAUUAUCUCAUAAAAAUUAGCAGAGAGUAAAAGAAGAAAUAAAUACAUUAAUCAAAUAGUAAUAAUCAUACAAUAUUUAUGAAACAAUAUUAUAGGUUUUAAUGACUCUUUUAUCCAGUUGAAUUGAAAGAAAAGCACAUAAGUAAUCACGAAAGUAAUCCAUUAUUUUAGAGAUUAAAGAAGGGUGUUACAAAUAAAUACAUAUUAAUACAAUUAUAAUAACUCCCUAAAAAUUCAAUACCAGUGGAUAUUUUCAGUCAUAAAACAACUAGUUCUAAAAGUAAACAAUCGCAAACUAACAUGGUGACAAACAAAUUCCUUUAAGUGAAAGAACUUUGAAAUAAGCAUGACAUUAACAGUGUACUUUAUAGUGACAAUAAGUGUGUCAUUAUGUUUAGGAUCAGAGGAAUAUGUGCAACUGAUUUCAAAUAUUUAUGAAUUUUCCAAUCGUACCUCCGUGACUUUAAUUCACUUUGGCUCAACUGACGAUUCAAGCAAGAAACAAUUAAUUUUCGACACUCAAGUGCUUCUAUUAAAAAAAGGGUUUCCCGUGUCGAACACAAACUUCAAGAAAUUAGAUUCAAUAAAGAAAAAGGAAUAUGACAGUGUUGACAAAUUUUAUGGAAACGACAAAAUAUUGAUUGUCUUUUUCGUAUCUUCCAUGCAAGACUUCAGUGACAUGCUGCACAUUACAAAAUUAAUGAAACGAAAGAAAGUGAUAACCUUUCUUUUGUUUGUGAAAAUUGACGAUUCUCCUGAUUUGCCGUCCUGCAUGAAUCCAGUUGGUAAUCCAUUGAGAUUAGGCAGAGGAGUCUCCGUCCUUGUCAAGUGCUAUGAAGAUCCGGAUAUUCGUGAAUGGCACUCAGUUAAUAAUAACGAGAUACUUAUUAAAGAAAGAGCUACUUGGGACUUUAAGAGGGGAUUUACUUCAAAAUCAAGAAGAUUAGUAUUUGGCGAUAGAGAAUUUCUACGAGGAAAGACUUUACUGGCAGCAUCUAUUUCGGAAACCGACACCAUGGGGAACUAUUUAAGUAUGAUAUGUGUUGCUCUUGAGGAAGCUGGAAAGUUCAAAAUUAAAAAAACGCAUAUAGUAGUAGAUUAUGGAAUACUUGAUGAACGUACAAAUACUUGGGAUGGUGCCGUGAGCUUAAUUAUGAACAAUACUGUUGACAUAGCAGUGGGUUUUUUCACCUUCUUACCCAGUGAACUUUUGGUUGUUGAUUUCAGUAUAAGAUUUAUAAGAGCCGAAUUCGCUAUUAUCAUAAGGAAACCGGAAAGUAAAGUUCUUGUUUCAUGGUCAGCAUACUUUGAGCCAUUAUCACUUCAAGUUUGGAUAAUUAUAAUAUUUACAGUCAUACUGCUUCAAAUCGUUUGUAUUCUCAUGAAAAAUACCUUACCAACUCAAUGUUAUGAGAAAUCAUCGUAUGCUGACGAUUUUUUUAAUAUUUAUGGAAUUUUUUGUCAUCAAGAAGUAAUAGUUACUACGAGUGCGACGUCCUUAAGGAUAUUGUACACAUCUGUUGUUAUCUUCUCUUUCUUUAUUUGGUCAAUUUACUCUGCUCGAUUUGUGAGCAGAUUGACAGUUGUGGAUUCUAAUGUUAAAUUUCGAUCAAUGGAGGAAUUCGUGAAAGUUAAAACACACAAGCUCAUUGUGUUUAAAGAAACUGGCAAUUAUUUUAAAUUGAAAAAUGCCACUGAAUCCACAUUCAUAGAAGCUGCCAAGUUGCUUGUAAGUGAAGACCAACUACCGACAAAUAACGAUGAUGCUGUAGAGAUGAUUUGCAAGCAAAAUAUGGCUCUCUACUUGGACGAUAUAUUUGUACCAUUAAUGUAUCACAAUAACGUUUCAAAUCUUUGUCCGAUGUUAACAAUUGGAACUGGUGACUUUGAUUCCUUUGCUUUUCUUGUGAAUAAACAUAGUCCGUAUAAAGCGGCGAUAAAUUAUUAUCUAAGAAGAUUUCAUGAAAAUGGAAUGUUACCUCGAAUGAAACCGGCCAUUUACAGUCCUGCUCCAAAAAUUGAGGAAUUUGACAACCAAUUUACGAGCGUCACUGCUGUGGCUGUUGCAAUGAUUUUCACAAUGCUGUUUGCAAGUUUCAUUGUAUCAAUUAUAAUGCUAUUGUUCGAGAAACUCUACUUUUUCCUUGAAAGGACAAACGAAAAAAAUCUCCAAACAAUACUCAAUUCGAUAAGCAGAAAAAAAUAAAGCACAGUGUCUAUAUAUACAUGGAGAGAAGUUCCUGAAAUUUUACUGAAUUUAUAUCGGUGAAACUGGGAUGAACCGUCAAAACAGUAAUUUUUCAAAAACUAAACUGUAAAAGCAAUUUUAUUAAUGAAUAUUGUAAAAAGCAUAAACCUUACGAUACAUGUAUUAGCGCUUUAAGGGAGCGUUAAUAAAUGAUGUCACGUUUUUUGGGGGAGGGGGGUCUCUACUAACUACUAAACGUGACACAAUGUAUUUUUACAUGUAAAAUUGCGUGACAUCAUUUAUGAACCCUCCCUAAGUAAUAUAUUUAAACUUCAAUUGAGUCUUUAACGUUUCAUUUACAGCUCAGUAAACCGUUUACUGAAUAGUUCGGUGAAACGUAUAAGAUAAGGUAUGCGGUAAAAUUGAUCAGUUAGAAUUUAUUGUAUGGUUUGGUAAAACUUGAAGAUACAUACAUAAUAUGUAGAUAGAUAAUACAUACAUACAUCGCAUUUAUUUUAGGCAAGUCAAGGAAGUUUUACCGAACUAUUCCUGAAAUGUUAGAACCUAUCAAGGAUGUAUUCAAAAUAAAUCUUAAAUUCUAUUUAAUUUACAUUAAAUGUCCACUUUAAAUUGUUUUCUAACUUUCACUGUACUAUAGCUUGUAAGAAAUAAAGA